CAGUGUUGCAUCGUCAGUACAGCAUUUGAUUUAGUUUAAUAAACAACAUCAAUAGCAACAGAAAGAGUGUAAAAUAUACAGAAUUUUCCAUCCUUCUAUCCCCACUAUUCACUACUAUUUUCUCACAAACCAAAUUGAGCAAAGCAUUGCAAGUGAAAGUGACAUCACUCAUACGCACCGUUGUACAGCAUAAGGAUUACAUACAUAUACGCGGUGCGAGUGUGUGCUAAAAGGAUUAUAGCAGCCGUGAUAUUCUCGACAAUUUCGGUUUAAAGAACGUUUAACGUUUGCGUGUGUGUGCUUGUGUACUCGAGUUUAGCGUGCGCUUCAACAUGAAAGCCUUCAUCUUGUUAUCCUGUGUAGCGCUGGCUGCUGCCAGGCCAGAGGCGGGCUAUGCUUACAAUAGGCCCGGCGGUGGUGGUGGUUCCGGUGGAUUCGGUGGCGGCUCCGGUGGAUUUGGUGGCGGCUCCGGUGGAUUCGGUGGUGGCGGCGGCGGUCUUGGUGGUGGAAUCGGUGGUGGCGGCCUUGGUGGUGGUGGACUUGGUGGCGGCGGCGGUGGAUUUGGUGGCGGCGCUGGUGGUGGAUUCGGUGGCGGCGCUGGCGGUGGUGGCGGUUUCGGAGGCGGCGGCUUUGGUGGCGGCGCCGGUGGUGGCGGUGGAUUCGGAGGAGGCGGCAUCGGCGGUUUCGGUGGUGGUGGCGGCGGCGGUGGUACCACUCUCGUACAGAAGCACAUUUACGUGCAUGUACCACCACCAGAGCAAGAGGAAGUGCGUCCACGUCCCAACAUUCCCAUCGGUCAAGCGCAGAAACAUUACAAGAUCAUCUUCAUUAAGGCACCAUCUCCACCCAGUUACCAGGCACCAAUCAUUCCCCUGCAGCCACAAAACGAAGAGAAGACCCUGGUCUAUGUGUUGGUCAAGAAACCGGAAGAUCAACAGGACAUCGUCAUUCCUACACCAGCACCCACACAGCCCUCCAAACCCGAAGUAUACUUCAUCAAGUACAAGACCCAAAAGGAUGGCAGCGGCGGCGGUGCUAUUGGCGGUGGUGGAAUCGGAGGCGGCGGCGGUGGUAUUGGUGGUGGAAUUGGCGGCGGUAUCGGCGGUGGUAUCGGCGGUGGUAUCGGUGGUGGAAUUGGUGGUGGAAUCGGUGGUGGCGGCAUUGGCGGCGGUAUCGGCGGUGGUGAUGGCGGUUACUCCGGUGGCGGCGGCGGUGGUGGUGGUGAUAUCUCUGCACCUUCCUCCAACUACGGACCACCCGGCAAAUCUGGACCAUAUUAAGCGAUCGUUAGCGGCGAAAAUUGAAGUGCAGCUAAAAAUGUGCAACAACUCUAGAUUGGACGAAUACUACGAAAAAACAACGACAAAAUUCGCAGACAAACCAAACAAACGAAAUGGUCAAGCACACGACAAAUAUAGCUAAAGCUGCCGGCUAGUCUUGUUAAACGAUAACAUAUUAUUAUUAUUUUAAUUUAACUUUUGGUUUCGUCGUUGAAAUUCUGUUUGACACAACAUCAUCACGAGGACCGACGAAGCCCAACGAAACAACAAAGGAAACAAAACAGAACAGAAAUUGCAUAAAACGCCGAAAAUGCUGUGACUAACCCAUAAGACACAGGUCAGCUGAAAAAACUGCCUGGAAAAAACGACCUUGACUUUGACAAAUUCAGCACGAAAGGGCGUUGUAAACGACUCAUCUCAUUCUCUACACUAAACAAAGGUGCUCGCUGCGACUUUCGGUGCUCAAAUGUUAAAUGUCUGUGGUAAACAAAACGAAACAAAACUUGCCCAUCAUCCACAUUAGUAAGCAAGGAUUAGCUCAUACUCAUCUCGAU